UCCUUAACCAAUUGGUAGAUCCUUCCUGAUGAGCUAGGUCGACCUCCACCACGAAGUAGACUAUAUAACAUCUAUGACUUUCUGCACAAUGGCAACCAAAGCUUUGCAUUAUUCAUCUGUGUUCAUAUUUCAAAUCUGCAGCAUGAAUCCUUCAAAAGGAACUGAAGGUGUAAACGAGCAAGGUGGAGUGGAGACCAAGGUGGAGACAGUGGAUUUCCGAUCACCGGCUGGAGAAGACAAAGAACCCGUAAAGGAGAAGGUGGAAAUACUUCAUGAGAUCAACGAUGGAGGAGCAAAUUCUGGAAAUACCGGGGCUACCGGCUUUGUGGGUAAAGCAGCUAUUGCAGUUGCAGAUACCUUUCAGUCAGCCAAGGAUGCUGUUUCUGGAAAACCCAAGGAUGCUGUUGCUGAAAAUAAGACCACGAAAUGAAUCUACAAGUAGGAAGAGCCAGUUAACUAGCAUUUGAACAGAUGCUUUAAUUUGCUCGAUGGGUAUAUGAGUUGGUUGUAUCAAAAACAUUCAAAAUCAAAAUAAUCAGAGGGCCAGGAAAAACCAAGAAAUUGCUUAAAUAUGUUCUGUCAGGUUUACCUUUAUUGCUUGUGUUAUAAUCUGAAGACUGCAAGGAAAUAAUAUCCUAGUUAUUCUAAUGUCCAUAUAUAUAGCAGCAGAAAUAUUAAUC